AAUAGUUUUGAUUUCAAUUUCAUUCUUUAUUUAAAAGUUAUUAAUUACUUUCUUUCUUUAGAUGGAUUUGCAUAUAACAAAUUUGUCCUAAAUGUUACAAAACAAUUAACAUAGUAAUAAAAAGAAUGUCAUCAACUACUCUGCUUUUAUGUACAAAGUUUACACCUCAUUGUGAUGACUGCUAUACUUGUCAUCGUGUAAAAAAACUGAGUCAGGGUGCUAUUUUUUCAAAUUCCCAAAUAAGGAGUAAAACAAAGUUUAUUGGCCAUCCUAAAAUUGGCGAAAAGGUUUGGAGUUUUUCUAUCUUGAGUACUUUAAAGGAAAAUAUUUUGACAUUACACAAUUUGGAAAUAGACAAUAACGACUUGGUAAAUGAAUUUAAUCCUUACUUACAGCUAUGCAUAUGUUGUUUAUGUGGUAAAAUACCAAAACAACCGGUAUUUUUGAAAAAAUGUGAACAUUUGUUUUGUUUUUUCUGUUUAGUGGAGAUUAUUAAAAUUAGGUUCUUUAAUGAAACUGCAUGCCCAAAAUGUAACGAACCUUUAAUACCCGAAGACUUAGUUGCCAGCAAUAAAACAAACUCCCUUAUAAAAAUGUUAAGUGUUGAAUGUAUUCUAUGUAAAGAAAAGUUCAAUGUAAUAAAAGAAUAUGACGUAUAUAUACAUCAUAAGCUUAUAUGCAAUGGAAAAUCUGUAACAAAAUCAUUAUUUUUGUCCUCACCAUUAUCUUUACCAAGUUUGUCACCAACAUUGUAUACUUUUAACAAUAGCAUUUCUGAGAUUUUCAAUCUAACAGCUAAUAGUAAUAUACCAAGAGUUGUUGAAGAUGCUGCACUCCAUGUUCUUAAACAAAAGAUGGAAAAAAGUGGAGGAAAAUCAAUUUCAUUUAAAAGUGGAGGACCUAGACCAGUUCUGUUUUCAUCUAUUGCAAAGGCAUAUGUCACAAGCAAUGAGGCAUCAAGUACAACAAUAAAAGAAAGAAAUGCAAUUUUGAAAAGAAAUAUGGAAAUUGUGUCUGGUACAUCUACUGAUUCAGUUUGUAGCCAGUCUUUGAAGCUGCUGAAAUCAUUUCCAUCAGAAACAAGAGAAAAAAUAUUGACUAAUUUGAAUAUUGAAGGAGUUGCAAUUAGUGCAACUAAAAUGGUAGCUAUGAAAGCAGAUCUCGGUUUACCUUGGGAAAAGCUAAAAAAUAUAUCUAGGUGGCUAAAGAGCUUUAAUAUAAAAACAGCAUCACGUGCUUCUCAACGAAUAAUUAGUGAAAAACUUUCUGGGAACGACUUUAUUGUAGAAAAUGCUCCGUUUACAUUUGAAAAAGAAAGUAAAGGGACGUUUGAAAUAAAGGAUGCAACAUUCGGUUACAUUGAAAGUUUGCAAACACAUAUUUUUAGACAUCUUGAUCAAUUAGAAAGUUGUAAAAGUCUUCAUUACCAUGAGUUUUUUCCUGAGAAGGAAAUACAGAUUAAGAUAGGAGUUGAUUACGGUGGUGGAAGUUUCAAAAUGACUUAUCAGGUAGCAAAUACCAUAAACCCAAACAGCAAAGAUAACACCAUUGUUUUUAGCAUUUUUGAGGCAAAGGAUUACCAAAUCAAUAUUAAAGUUGCCAUUUCAAGAUUUGAAAAACAAAUAGAAGAUCUUCAAAAAAUGAAAUAUAAUGAUAGCAACAUUAGAGUAUUUAUUUUUGGAGAUUACAAGUUUCUAUGUGCACUUUAUGGUAUUUCAGGUGCCUCAGGGAGGCAUUGUUGUCUUUUCUGCUAUGCGACAGCAAGUGAAAUGAAAUGCAUUGAACCUGAAAUAAAGUAUCGCACAUUGAAAGAUUUAUGUUUGGAUCAUAAAAGGUUUAUUGAAAACGGAGGUCUAAAGAAUAUUGCCAAAAAUUUUAAUAAUGUCAUAAAUGAACCAAUUUUAAAAAUACCACUAGACCAAGUGUCUUUACCUAGUCUUCACAUGGCUCUUGGUAUUUAUUUAAACUUUUUUAACAUGUUUGAAGAAGAAGUUCAUCAAUUGGACAUAUUGAUGGCUGCUGAACCGCUAAAGAGCGGCAUGAAAUGCUCAGAAGAGUAUGAAGUUUUUAUAAACAAACAAAAGCAAUUGUGGAAUCUUCAAAUAGAGAUUCUAAAUAUUGAUGAUCAAAUUGAAUUAGUUAAUGAUGUCAUUUUAUUAGCUGCAGUAAAUAAUUCAGAUGAUGUAGAUGAUGCUCAAUCUCUUUACUUGACAGAAAUUGAGCUACUUUUUAAUGAAAAAGAAAAAAAGGUAAUUUUUGGAUUGUGAGUUCAUUAAUUAUAAUACCUUGAUAUUAAGGUAAUGUAAACCUGAACUAGUUUUUCAAGCACUUGGUAAAAAGGGUAAUUUGGAAUAAGUACAUUUAGCAGCCAGGAUAAAACAUGAGUUUACUAGCUUUUACUCAAUUAAGUUCAUACUUAAAAUGAUAAUGUUAGAUAUUAGAUGCCUAUAUAAAAGUGACUUAGGCCCCUGGUACAAGUGGUUUUGAUGGCUCAGAUAAAAUAAGGAACAAAAAAGAAAAAAAA